CAUAGAGUGGAGAAAGAAAGAAGAGAAGGCAACCUGAUGGAUCAGGCCAACUCCUUCCAUGCCGAUCGAAUCAAAUAGCGGCGAUGUAUUAAUCGUAUUAAUUACCAACACCCCGGAAUUUCCUCCUUUCAGUGUGCAUGGACCGCGUAAUAUUACACCAUUGCGGGUAAAAUCACCCCUCAUCUGCCUCGUUAUCUUUCUCCGCCUCACCAUCCAAACAAUAGUAAGACUUCUGUGGUUACGACUCCUGCUACGGCUUCUUUGACUUCUUCUGUUCUUCUCCUUUGCUUCUCCCUGUGGACCCCGUGGCAUCCAAUCUGUCGUCUCAUCCCCUGCCUGACCGUGGUGGCGGAUACUGACCCGGUCGCUUCGGGUUGACUCGUUCAUCGUCUAGGCAGCAAGUUGCCUAACCUCGCUAUCAGCAUUGGCUUGGCUCUCUUCUGGUCUUAUAAAUUCCUCAUCAUCCCGGGUAAGUUGUGUCAUCGUGACUCACCGUCCCUGUCAUUUUUAGUUGAUAACUGCGGUUUUUUUUUGGUGGUUUUCAUGUUUUGAUAGACUACUCGGUUCAAGCACUGCGAGAGAGCCGGAUUCUGGUUGGACGGUGAUGCUGUUGGCUCCAACGGUUUAUUAAGCCUCCUGGACGUCGUGGUUCAAUUGUAUAUUGACAUCCCUCCAACUUCAAAUGUCUUAUGACGUGUUACGGACAUUGGCACCCAGUACGAUGAGUGACGGAAAUUAUGAAGAUCGAGGAUCUCUGCCAAUUCCAUAUCGGGGGGUUUCCAAGAAUCGUGUCCUCGGUUCCGAUCGUGUGGAUUCGCCGUCCAUGGGCUCCCCGGAGAGUGGUGAGCAUCCCGGACAUUCCAGGAAAUCUGCCCCCCCGUGGGUGUCUGACGAUGGAUCCUUGGUGGGCUCUGCGGCCACCAACAGGGCCAUCCAUUCGGCCAGCGCCUCGUUUUCGAACCAGAGGCCCCCGUCAGCGGGGCCGGCGCACGACAGCCACAGUUCGGAGGCUCCUGGCGACCACGGCCCCGGCAGUGUGUCCCCCAACACCUUCCACGGGCCGCGCCAAGCAUGGGAACCACUACCCAGACGCUCCACUCCCCGUCUGGCCCAUUCGGUCAGUCGGCUAGCCGCCGAAAACCGAGCGGGAAGAGCCAGUCCCGUCGGCAGUGAACCCCGUCAAUUUCGAUUGUCCGCCGAAUCCGCCGACGAAAUGACUGGUAGUGACGGCGAGCGUUCCCGCCUGCACCCCCGGCCCGUGCAAUCUAGCCCCGCGUCGACCGAGGGACCGAUGGCGGCGCCUACCCCCACGACCAAACAGCGACACACCGCGUCGCGGCCGAGAGGGUCGCGUAGUGGUACCACGGAGAGACUCAGCUAUGGACAGGAGUCGGCGCGAGGAUUGAGUUUUGAGCAGAAACCCGCUGGAGGACUCUCUGCGGUAGCCGGAGAAGAGCAAUUGAUCAAUGAGGUUCGCGGAAUCUACGCCGGCCUGGUCAUGGUGGAGAAGAAGUGCAUCGAAAUCGACAAAGAGCAGUCCGAAUCGAACAGCGAACUCUCCCACCAGCAGUGGCAGACCUUGAUCUCGUUACAUCGCACCCUGCUCCAGGAGCACCACGACUUCUUCAUGGCCUCCCAGCACCCGUCCGCGAGCCCCGUCCUGACGCGACUGUCCGAGAAAUACGCCAUGCCGGCUCGGAUGUGGCGCUACGGCAUCCAUGCCUUCCUCGAACUUUUACGACACCGACUCCCCGGUUCUCUCGAUCACAUGCUAACCUUCAUCUAUCUGGCGUAUUCCAUGAUGACCCUGCUGAUGGAGACCGUCCCCGCCUUCGAGGAGACGUGGGUCGAGUGCCUCGGAGAUCUGUCGCGAUACCGCAUGGCCGUCGAAGAGGUCGAUCUGCGCGACCGGGAAGUGUGGGCAGGGGUCGCCAGGAACUGGUACAACCAGGCCGCCGACCGGAAUCCCGACGUCGGACGCAUUCAACACCACCUCGCGGUGCUGGCACGUCCCGACAUCGUGCAGCAGCUUUUCUACUACACCCGGUCGUUGGUCAGCGUGCGUUCGUUCGCGGGCACUCGGGAAAGCAUCCUCCUUCUGUUCAACCCGAUACUCAAGGGUCCCCGAGCGAACCCCCAUCACAUGGCGGCCAUCUCCUUUGUGGCCGCCCACGGCCGUCUCUUUACUGGAGGCACCGCCGCCCAACUUGCCGCCUCGGCAACUGAGUUCUUGUCAGUGCUGGACAAACACCUAGGCCGGGUUGGCUCUGCGUUCAAGAUGCAGGGCGUCCACAUGACCUCUGCGAAUAUCGCCUCCAUGCUCCAAUACUCCGGCACGGACAGCCUCCUCUCUGCAGAAUUUCACCAUGCUGCGCAGCAUCCGAGAUCGCUUGAGGCUGCGUACACGUCCGCUGCCGAAAAUUGGACGCCUGUCCAGGAUGUCCAGCAGAUUGAAGCCGAUCUGACUGCACUUGAGAAUUUACAAACCCCCCUGCCCCUCGUAUUCUACGGCUCCUGUCUCGCAUUCAAGACCUUGUCCGUCUUUCUUGAUCAACUUGGCGACAAGAACAUCUUCCCCGCCGUUCACAGCUCUCUGGCCUUCCUCUGGUGCUUGGCCCUCACCACGAACGGCAUGAAGCAUGUCGAAACCAUGGUCCCUUGGGAGCGAAUUGUUACUUUCCUCAACACGAUGGUCCGCCCCUGGGUCGAUAUGGCCUUGGUCGAACAACCCGAGUUUCCCAUCUCGGAGGACACCCGAUGGCUCCCCGAAGAUUUCCUGAUACGCGGCCAGCUCUGGAGCCAGUCUUUCUACCCCCCUGCAUUCUUUGUGGGCUCGCCCACUGAAGAUGACGGUCGCAACGUCGAACGGCCGUCUACGGGGAUGUCCAGGACCUAUCGAUGCCUUUGGCUAGGCGUACGCCUUGCCACGUUUAAUCGCUGGUUUACGUACGACCCGAAUGCGCACGAGUUCUCCGCAACGCCUUUUGCCAGUUCGCUGGAAAAGUUAGCCGAAAGUCAUGAUCCGUUGCAGGUAGCGAGUCCACCGAAGGGCCCGGAGAUCACCCUGCACGAUGCUUGAAGUAUCGUUCUGUGACUCGCUGCCCAAGGGAGCGGCGUUGCGUCAUUUGAAUGUUUCCUGAUCUCUCAGGAAUUCUACUGGGCCUUGGAAAGGCUUGGAUUUAUUGUACUUUGCAUAGCGAUUGAGGUUUACCACGUGUUGGUUACCACCGCGCGGCACGAUGACCAUCCCACCUGGAGACAGUCUCUGUUUACCGUCUGAUGCAAGCCUGGGGGAUUAGGCCAGGCAACUAUACCGAAAAGACACUCAGUCCUCGCUCUAUGCAAGCACUGCACGGACCAGACUAGCUCCCUUACGCCUGGAGCGGGACCUGCGCAGUACCUUCGAUGGUUAUCCUGCUAGGGUCAUCUUCCAUCCGGGACAAGCUACGGGAUUUCGCCGGAAUUCCAUGUACAGUACGGUCAUCAUAUAUAUAAGGGGAGCAGAAAUUUGUAAAAAGAACGAACCAUAGUUAUUGGUGGCUACAAUGUAU